CUAUAAAUACCACUUCCAUCCCUUAUACUUCCUCACACCAAUACCAAUUCUCUCUUAGCUUCAAUCCCUUACAUUUUAGCUGCUAUUUCCUUGAUCAGUUUUUAAGCUCUUAAUCAAAAUCAUCAAGUCAUCAUGGGUGUCUUCACAUACGAAUCUGAGUUUAACUCUGUCAUCCCACCACCUAAGUUGUUCAAGGCCUUUGUCCUUGAUGCCGACAACCUCAUCCCCAAGAUUGCCCCACAAGCUGUGAAGAGUGCCGAAAUUGUUGAGGGAGAUGGAGGUGUUGGAACCAUCAAGAAGAUCCACCUUGGUGAAGGAAGUGAGUAUAGCUACGUCAAGCACAAGAUUGACGGAAUUGACAAAGACAACUUUGUGUACAACUACAGCAUAAUCGAAGGAGACGCUAUCGGAGACAAGAUUGAGAAAAUCUCCUAUGAGAUUAAGUUGGUGGCAUCCGAGGGCGGUUCCAUCAUCAAGAGCACCAGUCACUACCACACCAAGGGUGAGGUCGAGAUCAAGGAGGAGCAUGUAAAGGCUGGAAAAGAAAGAGCCGCUGGUCUGUUCAAGCUCAUUGAAAACCACCUUGUGGCCCAUCCUGAGGAAUACAACUAAAACUGUUGAUCUCUAUGAUUGAGGCAACAAUUAGUAUUGUGUCACUCUGUUUUCUCUGUUUAUUGGUGUGUCUUUAAGUUCCCUUUUUCUUUUCUACCAUCCCCAAGCUGUCUCUGGCUUGCACAUUGGGGUUAUGACUGAACUUGCAACAAUCUUGUAUUUGAUUCCACUUUCAAUAAAUAAAAGAGACAUCAUUUGUUAAGACCAAA